AAGAGCCACUGUGGAAGGUCCAAAGAGCCACAGGUUGCAGACCCCUGGUAUAGCCCAAUCUAUUAAUUUUCAACAAUACUGGAGUUUAAGAAGUGUACGUGAUGUACGUGAAGGCAUCACGGCGCCGGGUUCUCCUUCUACGUCAACGAGGCUGGGCGGUUCAUGAAUGGGGCUCUGAAGUGGGAGGGCCCGUCGUCUGACUUUAGCAGGCAGGGGGGGAAAAAAGUGGGUGUUGCGCUUUGGUUCGCUGCGAUGCUCCUUCAUGGUUGUUUUUAAAGCAACCAAGCGGCUGUCUGUGUUUGCGGAUUGCAGCGGAGCGGAGGGAUCUUCACCCAGCGGGGCCAGCAGCAGCAUCCUUCGGCUGAGGCGCAGCUACAGGCCAGCGGCCACAGCAGCGGAACCAGAGGGAGGUUGAGUCGUGUCGUUGAGCCAUGGGGUUCCGCAAGAAAAACAAGAGCCCGCCGGUGCUGAGCCACGAGUUUGUGAUCCAGAAUCACGCCGACAUGGUUUCCUGCCUGGCCAUGAUCAUCCUCCUCGGCCUAAUGUUUGAGGUCACAGCAAAGUUUGCCAUCAUGUUCAUCACAGUCCAGUACAAUGUAACUCAAGUUCUUGAUGAGAAAAGCGAGCCGGUAAACCUUUACCAGUAUGGCCCUAAAGAUGUGGCAACAGUCUUUUUCUACCUGCUCAUAGCGGUCAUCCUUCACGCCUUGAUUCAAGAAUAUAUUCUCGACAAAAUUAAUAGGAGGUUGCACCUGUCGAAAACCAAACACAGCAAGUUUAAUGAGUCUGGCCAGCUCGCAGCGUUCUACCUGUUCUCCUUUAUCUGGGGCUGCAGCAUCCUAACAGCGGAAGAGUUUGCAACAAAUCCCACUUUCUUAUGGGAGGGGUAUCCACACACUAACAUGGUUUUUCAGGUCAAAUUCUUCUACAUUUGCCAAAUUGCCUAUUGGCUCCAUGCACUUCCUGAGCUAUACUUUCAAAAAGUGCGAAAGGAGGACAUCCCCCGCCAGCUUUAUUACAUUUGCCUUUAUGUUGUCCACAUCACUGGUGCCUAUGUCCUAAACCUCCACCGACUGGGCCUGGUGCUGCUGGUCCCUCACUACCUGGUCGAGCUUCUGUUCCACGCUUCACGCCUCUUCUACUUCAGUGACGAGAACAAGCAAAAAGGCUUCACUUUGUGGGCGCUGCUUUUUGUCAUUGCCCGCCUCCUCACCCUCACACUGUCAGUGCUGACAUUCGGUUUUGGCCUCCCCCGUACGGAAAACCACGGUUUUUCCCUGGCAGAAGGCAACUUUAAUGUGCUCACCAUAAGGAUGACCUGUCUAGCAGCCAUCUGUCUGACGCAGGCCUGGAUGAUGUGGAAGUUCAUUAAUUUCCAGUUAAAAAAAUGGAGAGAGCACAGCCAGAACCAAGCGUCAAAGAAGAAGACGGUGAGCCCAAAAAGCAAGCCUCAUAAAAGAGAAAGUGCGAGGGGAGGGGCUGCCAAUGGAGUCGUCAAAUCUGAGGAUAAAAUGUCACCACGAGCAAGAAAAGCCAAAGCUUCAUAAAGUUGGACGAGCUUGUUGAGAUGAGGGGGGAAAAAAACAACUUCUGUCAACGUGACAUUAGAGGUGGUUUCGGUCUGCAGGAACGUUCUCAUAGCUCUCGUUACAGUUUAAGGUGGAUUCCUUUCUUUCUUUGUUUGCCUUUGCACUGCAGGAACCGUGGCCUGUUUGCAGUUAUAAGAGCUGCUUUUAAUGAGCGUUUUUUUUAAGAUCCUGUUUCGGAGUUGGAGCUUUCUUUGUACGAUAGAAGCCCAUGAGUUGUGUGUGGGGAUGUGAGUGGCCCCGUUGCAAAUGGAUUGAUGGGGCAAGUUGUUCACUCGGUCAUUGUCUCCCUAAUUUCAAAAAUACCCAACACUGUGCACAGUAGCUUCAUGUGUUCGUGCAGGAGAUUUGAUAACAUUCACCAAAAUGAAACAAAACAGAAGUGAAGUACAGGCUUACCUGACUCCAUAAAAGGAUUUUUAAACAAUUUCUGCAGGAACUCACCUCCAUUUUGUACCUGUAACUAAAUUAUUUUAAACUCAUAUGCUUAGCCAGUGCGUAUCUGUUAAUUUAUUUAGCUGGUUAGUUUUUUUUUUAAAGGAAUUAUGGAGAUAAAUAAUCAUUAAAAUCAUCAGAUCUUAGUGUUUUAUGAUUAUUUAAAUAUGUUACACCCAGUUUCCCUUAUUUUUCAUUCAUAUCAAUCCAGAUUAUGACCAAUAAAAAUGACAUACCUUCAUUAAUUGCAUUUCGUCACAGUGGACUAUUGUUAAAUCUUAUUCACUAGGGUCGUUUAAACCCCUAACCCUGUAUGUUGGCACCUAAAUCAGGCAGUGGUUAAAAUAUCAGCGAAAUGGGGCAUUCCUUUAAGAAAGUGCUAUGCUAUUAGUUCUUUCUUUACAUAGCUUUUUAUGCUCAUAUGUUGCAUACCAUAUAAGUUUCAGGCAACUUUACAAAUGCAAAACAUGGUUUUCUUGCAGGCCCGGGGAAAAAUCCACUAAUGCCCUUGACCUAACAUAAUAACAAGCUCUCAUUCAAACCUAAAAAUCAUCAUUGUAAUAAUAAUCUUACAUAAGGAUUUAGAGGGCUAAAAAUUAAGGAUAAAGUGAUAAAAUAAGAUUCAGUCUACAAUACAGUCAUUUCAUACCCGUCUUUGGUAGCUUAAAAUUUUCUCAAAGGCCCAUAGGCAGGAGAUGCUGAACAGAACCCAAAAACAUCAAGAAUACAAAAUGGAGAAAGGAUUAAAUGACCAACAACCUGUAAAACUAUCUUAUUUCUAGCUUUGCUUAAAUGAUGUAACUCAGCACGCCCAAAAAAAGCAACUCGGACUUUGGGGCUCCCGUUGAUCCGACUUUAUUUUGGUGAAUGUUGUGAGCAUAACUGACAUUGUCACAGUGAUCGUCUGGCAACUGCUAUGCAAUCAGAGCAUUUCUCUGGCAGUGUGGAUGCAAGCAAAAAAGAAAGUCAUAGUCGUUCUUAUGGCUUCACUGUAUUGGAGGCUCUAACUAUAAGACCCUCCGAGAGCUCUUAUACAGUUUGGUCUGCUUAAAACUUUUUUCUUCAAAAAUGUGUCUUCUGCUUUGUCCAAGAAAAAGGAAAAGUUUAAGCCCACUAAGAAACCCUUGUAUCAAUGCCCCUUUGGGGUUGAAAAUCCCUCUUUCUGAAAAUGUUCAGUGUUACUGUGAGCUACAAGUGUUCAUUGUUCAUUCAGGUUUGCUGCCGAGGGGAUGUUAGCCGGACACUGCUGGUUUUGAUGCUUUAACAGAAUGGAUUUAGCCCUUUGAAGUGUCCUUUUGUGUAAAACGGUGAUCACUCAUUGGGGUACUUUAGAAGGAGAGUACCUCUUCAAUAAUUUCACAUGGAAUCAGUUCAUAAUUCCUUACAAAGCCAAUACGUGACUUCAGGGGAACAUAGUGUUCAGUGUACAGAUUAACAGCACAGGGUGUCAUUUUAAGUUUUGGCCUUGUUGUUGGAUAUCCUGCUGUUUUCCAGGAAAAUAUGUUAAAUGAAAUAUCAGAGGCAAAUGUUUGUGAACAGCAAAGCCUGUGCUGAACUCUCAGAACAUUUACUGCCAUUAUCUGACAGCCUCCGCCAUUGAAAUCCGACAUGUUUUAGGAUUGAGGCACUUUAAUAUUCCUGUAGCUACUCUGGUAUUCAAAGCUGGAUUGGGGGCUCGUCCGGGAUGUGAGACUCACCAAGAGUAAGCUGUACUCUAACUUGUGAUGCUACACUGUUUGUAUACAGUUAAAUCUUUAUAUUGGCAUGAUGGAAAUCAAGUUUGCUGAGGAUGCAUUUUGGUCUUUUCUAUGGCAAUGCAUGAUGGUUUGAGGCUAAAGGCUUUUAUGGCUAGUUCCUAUUUGUGCUGUCAAGUUUGCAUCUCACACACUACUACAAACACACAAGCAUUAAGUGGCCUUUUUUGAACAACUGCUGCAAGAUGUUUCAAUUAUUUAUUUUUGUCAUAAACAGCUGAUUAUUAUUUUCUAUGCUUUUAAAAGCUAUAACCAGCUAACACAGUGGUACAUAGCAACUGCAUUUACUUAAUCCAAACAAAACAAUCUUUCUUCAAGUGUCCUUACAAAUGCUGAGGGUUUAUAUCACUUCUUUUUUUGUGUUCGGUUUGUGUUUUUGUAACCCUUUAGUAUCAGGGGACAAGCUAUUUGCCGCUCACACCAUAACUUACGUCCCAUGGUUCAGUGGGAGGUGUGUUUGUGAGGGACUGUGUUUUGUACGCGUGUGCAUUGUUCUUGUGCGUGAACAGUGUUGUUUAUCUCGUAAAUCACAACUGGGAAUGAUGGUUUAUUGCUUGUCUUGUUUCAAAAAUGCUUGUUUGCGGAGCAUGGAGAACUGACAAUCUGUUCGAUGAAUCCUGCCUGUUGUUUUUAUUUUCACUACCUGUAUUAUUAUUUUUUUAUCCUUUCUGGUAUGACCUGCCCAAGGUUCCGAAAUGCUUCUGUGUGUGUAAAAAAACAAACAAAAAAACACUGAAUUGUGGAUAGUUGUGUGUUUUUUGGGUUGGUGCGAUACUAAAUGCUUCUGUGUUUAAUGUCUCUGCCCUGCCACUUUGGGCAUGCUGUUGUCUCCCUGCCUCACCUUUUCAAUGAUCCUGGCACUGCCCAUGUACUCUUAACGAUGAUGGAUGACGUUUUUAAAAUGAAACAACUGUGCACAAGAUGUCCCUGCCCUAAAAAGUCUGAGCUACCUGUGUGCUGGCAGUCUUAACAGACUAGGGUCGGGGCAUGGGUUGAAAUGACACUCAUUGGGUAUGAUGACCUUGACUACAAAUUUUUAUGAUUUUAUAACAAUAACAAAUUCAACACAAAAAUGUUAAACGUGUUUGUAUGGUUGAGUAAAAAAAUAAAUAAAAGCAACAGUUAUUCCUUCUACUGCUCAAGUAAUAUAGUAUUAUAGUUAUUAUUAGGGAUGUCCAAUUCAUUACAAGGAACCUGUUCAUAUAGGAGUCCCAAUGAUGGUAGUGGGUUUUUUUUAAGACUCUUGUGGAUUUUUAUAGGGAUUUGAGGGGCUCUUUUUAAGGAAAUUCAUUAAAUUGCAGAAAGGUCAAAUAGUUAUUCUUGAGUGGAAUACAUUUAAAAGGUAUAUAUGUGAAAUGGACAGAAACAGAUUUAUUUGUUUAAACGGCCCUUUCGUUGGUUGUUUUAUCGAUUUGUCCUAUCUUCCCAAAUUACUCAAAUUUGAUCUAAUUGGAUUUUGUUUUCCUUUAGUAUUUUCUUAUUUUUAUUCUCUGAUGAAAAUCCCUCUAAAUUUCAUCACAGCCUUUUUACGAGUUUUUAGGUAGUGUUUAUGGGGUUGGGCAAAGUGAAAAUGUGAGGUAAGCACUUGCUAAUUUUUGUUUCAUUUUUGAAAGUGCUUAUUGUGUAAAAAUCCCAACAUUUUGGUCUUUUAUAGAGCAGCAUGUGGAGCGUAACAAGCUGGUUAAUCAGUCAGGCUAUCUGAUCCAGUAGCAAACCAACUGUAGUUUUCCCACUGUGACUGGAAGUAUUUCUUGGGCACAAAAACCCCCACAUAGAGCUAACUGAGAAAAACUACUGGACAGCAACAGGCGGGGGGGGGGUUGCAAUGUUUCAUGGUAAAAACUCCCAAUAAACUAAAGACUUUUCUCCAGCAUCUUCAUGAAGACUAUACAUUAUAGGAAAAGCGUGACAGUAAAUAUAGAGGAAAUGACUUUUAAAAAUUCCUGGUAUACUUUGAUACCUUAAAACAGCAAUGAUGAAGAAGAGGAGGAUGCAAGCUUUACCAGUUUAGGAAUUUUUGUUGCCUUUCAGAGCAAUUUAUGUGGUGUUUGUGUGGCAUUGUCAAAGGAGAAAAGGAACAGCAGUGGAGAAAUGUACCAGCCUCUUAUUAAACUGUUUUAGAAGCAAAGUGUUUAAAAAA